AUGCCCGCCAAACGCACGGCCCGCAAGAAGCGGGUAUCCUUUUCGCUGCCAAAUGCUUCAAAUGAAGCUGCUUCUAAUCUCCGCUCGACUCCCUCGAUUUGCAAUUCGUCAGGCAAACCUGCGUCGGGUCAUGUGCCACGCAAAUCCAUACCCUCCUGGCUUAAGAUCCCGUUCAACGAGCAAGACUCAGCUCUAAUCCGCGCCGAUUAUCAACCCCAGUGGACACCCAAGAGUCCGACUCCCGAAGAACCUCCCGACAAAGCUCCCGAUAGUCCCUCUUAUAUAACACCAAAGGGCCCCAAGAAGCCCACCAAAUCCGCCAUGGCUGAACCCCGUGCUCGCGUCGCCCGCCACAAGGGCCAGAUGAACUUUCCUGCAGAGCUCCGUCUCCUUCUCCUCGCAUACGGAGAUCCAAGUCCCCACCCAUCCUUCUCCAGCGAACCCCUUCCAGAAACCGUCCGCGUCCUAGAUGAAAUCGUCACCGACUUCGUGCUAGAAGUCUGCCACGGCGCCGCCCAAGUCGCCCACCACGCCCGUCGCCAGAAGAUCAAAGUCGAAGACUUCCGCUUCGCCCUGCGUCGCGACCCCAACAAGCUCGGUCGUGUCCAGGAACUGCUGCGGAUGGAGCGUGAACUAAAGGAAGCGCGUAAAGCCUUCGACCAGAAUGAUGACCAGGUUGCUAAAGAGGCCGGCAAGAAGGGUGCUGCCGCUGCCGCUGCCGCUGCAGCUGCUGGUGAAGACCCCGAGGCUGCUGAGGCUGCUGCUACCGCCGGUGCUCUGAAGAAGGGCAAGGGCAAGGGAAAGCGUGGUGCUGGGCCUCGUCGUGGUUCGGAUGCUACUGAAGAGUCGGUCUCGAAGAAGCGCAAGACUCUCAACUAG